AUGCACCCUGACCAGCUUGUCUUCCCGUUCUGUCCGGACGAGUGCUGCCCCGGUCCAGCUGACGCAAACAAAGCAAACUUACUAGGAACAACUCUCGCCAACGCCCCGACGGACAAGAAAACUCCAAUGGACAAGCAAGCUUCAGAGGCCCAGGCCACCAUCAAGGCCCUCAAGGGACAGAUCCUUCAUGUUCCGAAUCUCUACGACAUCUUUAAGGGAUGGCCUGUCAAGAAGACCAAUGUUCAUUACAAGCGCAUCAUCCCCAUCGUGGAGGAAACCUUGGAUCGGCUCAUCAAGUCGCCCGUCCUUCGUGAGAAAUAUCGGGAGGCCAACUACGCCAGAUUCGUGAGCUUAUACUACCCUCACCCAGAUUGGGACCAGGUCCAGACGCUGGCGCUCUACAUCAUCUGGCUCUUCUGUUGGGAUGAUGCCAUCGAUCAGCAGGGCAGCGACGACCUCAGCAACGACCUCCUUCACGCCAAACAUCGUCACGACAACACUAUCAACGUGCUUGAGCAUGUUCUCGGCCUUGGCUUCGACGAUGGCUCGGCGAUUCAGUAUGAUCUUGCCAACACUGAACUGAAGACAAUCGGAGCCGAGCUGCAGAAAUCGUACACUCGUGAGCAGAGACAGACCUUCAUGACUCAGAUGCGGCGAUACAUCAACAGCUGCCACAAGGAGCAGGCUAUGCGUCUCCAUGGUGACUUGCCCGACCUUCAAUCCUACUCAGAGCUCCGCCAUGGGACGGCGGCCGUGUGGACGCUUUGCGCGCUUAUUGAGUACGGACUGUCGGAGAACAUGCCAGAGCAUAUUCGCUACAUGAAAGAGGUCCAGACUAUCUGGGAGGAGACAAGCAGAGGCAUCUGGAUCACCAACGACAUCCUUUCUCUCAAGAAAGAGAUUCCUCAAGAUGACGCCAAAGCCGAAAGCGUCGUGAAUGCGGUGCCCAUCCUCAUGGGCGAAGGCAAAUCGCUCCAGCAGGCCAUAGACUCCCUGCUCACUGAGCUCCAGGACUCUGUCGCCAUCUUUGAGCGCGCCGCUUCCGUCUUGGAGGAAGCCGCCGGAGAGAUUGGACAGAAGAUUAUCAAGAAGUACUGCGAUGCGUGCCGCUGCAUGGUGACCGGAUCUGUCCAGUUCACGCUCGAGUCGACCAGAUACAAGCUGGCCGGCUGCAUGAGCAAGGAUGGCUCCCUGGACAUUCUGCUUUGA